AUGGCUGCGAAGCUGCGAGCGCAUCAGGUGGACGUGGACCCGGACUUCGCGCCGCAGAGCCGGCCGCGCUCUUGUACCUGGCCCCUGCCGCAGCCCGACUUGGCCGGCGACGAGGACGGGGCGCUGGGCGCAGGGGUGGCUGAAGGCUCCGAAGACUGCGGGCCAGAACGCAGGGCGACGGCCCCAGCGAUGGCCCCGGCGCCGCCUCUGGGCGCGGAGGUCGGACCGUUGCGGAAAGCUAAGAGCUCCCGACGGAACGCGUGGGGGAACCUUUCCUACGCCGACCUCAUCACCAAAGCCAUCGAGAGCGCCCCGGACAAGAGACUCACGCUCUCGCAGAUCUACGACUGGAUGGUCCGCUACGUGCCCUACUUCAAGGAUAAAGGCGACAGCAACAGCUCAGCCGGCUGGAAGAACUCCAUCCGGCACAACCUGUCGCUACACACCCGGUUCAUCCGUGUACAGAACGAGGGCACUGGUAAAAGUUCGUGGUGGAUGCUGAACCCUGAGGGCGGAAAGACUGGCAAGACCCCGCGGCGCCGGGCCGUGUCUAUGGACAACGGGGCCAAGUUCCUGCGCAUCAAGGGCAAAGCGAGCAAGAAGAAGCAGCUGCACCUGCCGGAGCGGAGCCCAGACGACAGCCCUCCUGGCGCACCGGUUCCAGGGCCCCUAUCGGCCUCAGCCAAGUGGGCCACCAGCCCGGCCUCACAUGCCAGCGACGACUAUGAGGCAUGGGCCGACUUCCGCGGCAGCGGGAGACCCCUGCUCGGGGAGGCGGCCGAGCUGGAGGACGACGAGGCCCUGGAGGCCCUGGCACCGUCCUCGCCACUCAUGUACCCGAGUCCCGCAAGCGCGCUGUCGCCAGCUCUGGGUGCGCGCUGCCCGGGCGAGAUACCACGUCUGGCCGAGCUGGGAGGCCCGAUGGGUCUGCACGGUGGCGGCGUCGCGGGGCUGCCGGACGCCCUGCUGGACGGCGCGCAGGACGCGUACGGGCCGCGGGCACGCGCCGGAACUCCCGCUUACUUCGGCGGCUGCAAGGCGGGCGCCUACGGCGGGGGCGGGGGCUUCGGGCCACCGGCGCUGGGUGCGCUACGCCGUCUGCCCAUGCAGACAAUCCAGGAGAACAAGCAAGCCAGCUUCGCUCCCGCCGCCACGCCCUUUCGCCCCGGGGCGCUGCCCGCGCUGCUGCCACCGCCGCCGCCCGCACCGAGACCCGGCCCGCUGCUGGGCGCGCCCGGGGAGCUAGCGCUGGCUGGCUCGGCCGCCGCUUAUCCCGGCAAGGGAGCGGCCCCGUACGCGCCGCCGGCGCCCUCGCGCAGUGCCUUAGCCCACCCCAUCAGCCUUAUGACGCUGCCCGGCGAGGCGGGCGCCGCCGGUCUGGCCCCACCGGCCCAUGCCGCAGCCUUCGGGGGUCCGCCCGGUGGCCUCCUGCUAGACGCGCUACCCGGGCCCUAUGCGGCUGCUGCAGCCGGGCCGCUGGGUGCCGGACCCGACCGCUUCCCGGCCGACCUGGACCUCGACAUGUUCAGCGGAAGCCUCGAGUGUGACGUCGAGUCCAUCAUCCUCAACGACUUCAUGGACAGCGACGAAAUGGACUUCAACUUCGACUCAGCCCUGCCUCCGCCGCCCCCUGGCCUGGCCGGGGCGCCGCCCCCUAACCAGAGCUGGGUGCCGGGCUGA